CCAACUGUUUCCAUGGCAACUCAGACGCAUAAGCUUGCCCAACCCAAACCCAACCGACUCAGAUAUCCAGACCGUCGCUCUGUUUACUGGCUGGAUGAGCUGCCACCUGAGAAGACCGGAUCCACCACUAAAAUUGAGUUAACCCCUCGCUGGUCAGAGCUGUGUAAAACUAAGAAGCUCUACACUCAAGUCACACUUUCUCCCAUAUGGGAGGUGAGUGAAUGGGCUCUGAGGGCUGUUCCAUCCAAGCGGCUGCAUAGCCUUGCUCAACCUCGGGUUCCUGCAGUUGGCUGGCAGCCAGACCGCCCACUGUUGGCCGCUUUGAGCAGAGCGACGCAGACGGCAGUCGCCACCUCACGGAUUUGCCAGCUCGCUCAGCCAAAGAGAAGGCAGGUUCUGGAGGGCUCAGGCCACAAGUCAAAACCUGUAUCCAUGACCCACUUGCCCAGCAAAGCAUCAGCACACAUAGAGCUGCUUUCCACCCCUAAGCACGACCACCCCAAGUUCGAAGGAGAGCGCUCAGUGUGCUGGCCCGUCUCCAGAGCAGCGAGAAGCUAUGUAGCCAGCCAGAGACUUCUUGAGCUGUCCACUCCUAAAGAGAGGAAGGCUCUGUUCGAAGGAUACAACCCAUACGUCAUCAGUCAGGCUGCACGCUCUGCCAGUCCCUCGCCUCGGAUACAGCAACUCUGUGUGCCUCUGCCACGCAAGUGUAGCUCAAAGUAGGAACGAUGACGCCAUGUGUCUGGUCCACAGAGAGGUGUUGAUUGUUCUCCUUUUCCUCAUCCAAGAGUGUUACUGUGAUAAAGUUUUUUUUCCAUGUAAAAUGACAAAGGCCUGUUAUUUGCUGUUAUGUGAAUACUGUGUAUGAUCGUAUUUACUUGUGACCAAACUACAAUUUAUCUUCUGCCCAAUUAUGAUGAAGAUCAACCUCUUCAAGUCUUUGGUAUACUUUGGAAACACCAACUUGUCAGGAAAUGUUUAGAAUAAAGCUGGUUAG